AUGAUAAAGAAGGAUUGGGUGGAGUUACCUCCACACAGUCAAAGUUAUAAGGACGGUGUAAAUUACUUUUUGGAUAUUGCAUUCACCAAAGGAAUGGUUGAAGAAGAAGAGAUUUUGUGUCCUUGUUCUAUAUGUUGCAAUGAUAGUUGGGAAGUAAGAGAUGUAGUUUAUGACCAUUUAUAUAGUAAAGGAUUUGUAAAAGGAUACACUGAAUGGAUUUAUCAUGGUGAAGAUGAGAGCCUUAUAGAUCUUGAUGGUGAUAGUGAUGAUGAAACAUCAUCUCAUGAUGAUAUCGAUGGCUUACUAUUUGAGACAUUUAAAGAUGUGGCUGAAGGAGGUGGAGUACAUGAAGGGAUAAAUGAAGAUGCAAAGAAAUUUUAUAAACUAGUUGAUGAUGCAAAUCAAGAGUUGUAUCCUGGUUGUGAAAAGUUUUCCUCGUUAUCAUUCACUAUUCGAAUUUAUUUGUUGAAAUGUCUCCAUGGAUGGAGUAAUGCAUCAUUCACUGCUCUCGUAGAGUUGUUGAAAGAGGCUAUGCCAGAUUUGAACAUCCCUGUCUCUUUCAAUAAAACAAAAUCUAUGAUAAAAGAUUUGGGCUUAGACUAUAAAAAGAUUGACGCAUGUCCGAACAACUGCAUGUUGUUUUGGAAAGAUCAUGGGAAAGAUGAUUCAUGUCAUAUUUGUGGCACGUCAAGGUGGAUUGAAUAUCCUGAAGUUGCUAAUGAUCUUGAAGAAUCUAUAAAAGCUCAUAAGGUUCCCGCCAAAGUUCUAAGACAUUUUCCAUUGAUUCCAAGAUUGAAAAGACUUUUUAUGUGUUCAAAGACAGCCGAUACAUUGAGGUGGCACGCAGACCAUCAUUCAAGGGAUGGGAAGUUAAGGCAUCCAGCUGAUGCCCAAGCAUGGAAAGACUUUGAUGCCAAACAUUCAGAUUUCGCUCGUGAAACUCGUAACAUCAGACUUGGGUUGGCAAACACAAGGAUGAAUAGAAUGACACGAAAUAGCGAUGAUACUCCAAACAUAGGUCAUCCAAUCGGGGGAAAGAAACUAAUUUUCCUUGAUCAUAAGUCUCUAAACCAAGCUCACGGCUACAUUUUAUUCAAUUGCGAUGAAGUGCAAGAGUAUGUUAGAGAGCAUGAGGUUAAUGAUCAUAAUCCUCUAAAAAAAAGGAAGUCCAGAAAAGCUAACAAUCAAAGAGAAGAUUUUAUUCAAUGGUUUGAAACACGUCUCAUGGAUGAGAAAGUUACUGAAUGGUUGAAGGUGUUGUCUAGGGGACCAAAUGAUGUUGUUAGAAGGUAUUCUGGUUAUGUUAUUAAUGGAUACAGGUUUCAUACAACAAAUCGUGAAGCAAGGAUUAAAACACAAAAUAGUGAUGUGACAUUAGAAGCGGUGACUCAAGUUCUUAGAAAUGCGAAGGAUGAAAAUCCAAAAAAGAUUUGUGUGACUUACUAUGGGGCAAUAAAAGAUAUUAUAGAGUUAGAUUAUUAUGGUCAUGAAAAAUAUGUAUUAUUCAAAUGUGAUUGGUUUGUGGAUGAAAAGGAUAAAUAUGGAUCGCCGUUGGUUUACUUUAACAAAAAAUGCUACAAAAAUGAUCCAUUUGUGUUGGCAUCUCAAGUUCAACAAUGCUUCUUUAUUGAAGAUCCUUUAAACAAAAACAAACACUAUGUUCUAAAUGCACUUCCAAGGGAAUCAUUUGACAUGGGAGAAUCUUUAAGUACAGAUGCCCAAGAAUAUGAUAUUUCAACAAAUCUUAAUACAUUAAGGGAUGAUUGUGAAGUGGAUUUGGUUAGGAAAGAUUUGCCGGAUGAUAUCUUUGAAAUUCCUUUGUCAGAACUUCACAACCAAAAAGCAAUAGAGAGUGAUCACAGUGACACGAGUUAUGGAAGUGACGAUGAAACCGAUUAUGAUUCUAGUACUGAUUAG